AUGUGAAAAUAGAAUUACUCCGCAAACUCUCACGCACUAUUCUCUUAGUGCGAAUUACACGUACUGUCACAGAAGACACAACAGCGAAGAGAGGACGCCGUUUCUCGACGAGGCGAGGCGAGGCGAGGCGAGGCGAGGCGUAGCCGUAUAGGUCCAGCAUGAGGAAGAAGGUUGAUGAGCGUAUCAGGACUUUGAUUGAAAAUGGAGUAAAGACAAGGCAUAGGUCCAUGUUUGUCAUUAUUGGUGAUAAAUCUCGUGAUCAGAUUGUAAAUCUCCACUACAUGUUAAGUAAGGCAGACAUCAAAUCCCGCCCAACUGUCUUAUGGUGUUACAAGGAGAAACUUGAACUUAGCAGCCACAAGAGAAAACGUACGAAGCAGCUCAAGAAGUUAAUGCAAAGAGGUCUUCUUGAUCCUGAAAAGGUUGAUGCAUUUUCACUUUUUCUUGAAAGUAGGGAUGUUUCCUAUUGCUUCUACGGAGAAUCUGAUAGAAUCCUUGGAAACACAUAUGGCAUGUGCAUUUUACAGGACUUUGAGGCUUUGACACCUAAUAUUCUUGCAAGAACCAUUGAGACAGUGGAAGGUGGUGGUUUGGUGGUGUUGCUUCUUCGUUCACUUUCUUCACUAAGCAGUCUCUGUACCAUGGUUAUGGAUAUUCAUGAAAGGUUUCGAACAGAAUCACAUUCUGAGAUAGUUCCUCGUUUCAAUGAACGGUUUUUGCUUUCUCUUGCAUCAUGCACAACAUGCCUGGUUGUGGAUGAUGAGCUUAACAUUUUGCCAAUCUCUUCUCAUGUGAUGUCAACGACCGUGUCAUCCAUCAUUGAGGGAUGUGAUUCUCAACCGGGAGCAGAGCAAGAGUUAUUGUAUUUGAAGGAGCAGCUUCAUGAUGUUUUCCCUGUUGGUCCAUUGGUUGGGAUGUGUGCAACAUUUGACCAGGGUAAAGCAGUUUCUACAUUUCUUGAUGCUGUGUUGGACAAGAGACCCCAGAACACUACUGCACUUACUGCCCCACGUGGGCGAGGUAAAUCAGCGGCUCUUGGCUUAGGAAUUGCAGGGGCUAUUGCCUCAGGGUACUCAAAUAUCUUUGUUACUGCUCCUACACCGCAAAAUUUGAAGUCUCUGUUUGAGUUCAUUUGUAGGGGAUUGCAUGUGCUGGAAUACAAGGAGCAUUUGCAUUAUGAUUUGCUGAGGAGUAGUAAUCCUGAUUAUGAGAAAGCAAUUACACAAAUAAACAUAUUCAAGCAGCAUAGACAAACAGUUCAGUAUAUCAAGCCUCAUGACCAUGUAAAACUCUCUCAAGUUGAACUUUUGGUUAUUGAUGAAGCAGCUGCCAUUCCUCUACCUAUGGUUAGGACCUUGCUCGGGCCGUACUUAGUUUUUCUGUCAUCUACGGUGAACGGAUAUGAAGGCACUGGUCGUUCUUUGUCAUUGAAGCUUCUUAGUCAUUUGGAAAAGCAAAGUCAGACAAAGGUUUCAAGCACUAAUGACAGUCACAAUGUUGGGUUUUUCCAGAAAUUAGAACUUAAGGAAUCCAUCAGAUAUGCUUCUGGGGAUCCUAUAGAGACUUGGCUCAACAGUUUACUUUGCUUCGAUAUUACAAAUUCGAUCCCUCCAAUCAGCAGGUUCCCCCAUCCCAGUGAAUGCAAUUUGUACUAUGUUAAUAGAGAUACUCUGUUCUCCUUCCACAGAGAAAGUGAAGCAUUUCUGCAGCGGAUGGUGGCUCUUUAUGUUGCAUCUCACUACAAAAAUUCUCCAAAUGACUUACAAUUGAUGGCUGAUGCUCCAGCACACCACCUAUUUGUGUUACUUGGUCCUGUUGAUGAAUCUAAGAACAUCCUUCCCGAUAUUCUGUGUGUUAUUCAAGUCUGCCUUGAAGGACAGAUUUCUCGUGAUUCUGCACUGCAAAGCUUGCGUAUUGGUCGUCAACCUUCAGGGGAUCAACUAGCAUGGAAAUUUUGUGAAGUGUUUGAAGACACAGAUUUUCCAACCCUCUCAGGUGCUCGUAUUGUAAGAAUAGCUGUGCACCCAUACGCACUUGGGCAUGGAUAUGGCUCGGCAGCUUUGGACCAACUCACGAGGUAUUAUGAAGGCCAGUUAACUGCUAAUAGUGAAUCGGACAUCAAGAAACCUGAUGAUAUGAAUGUCCCAGUCAAUGUGACAGAAGCUUCGGAAAAGGUUUCAUUGCUAGAAGAAACAGUAACUCCGAGGAAGAAUUUACCUGCUAUGCUUAUUCCUCUUCGUGAGCGCUUGCCUGAAAGUCUUCAUUAUAUUGGUGCUUCGUUUGGGCUUACUGCUGAUCUUUUUCGUUUCUGGAAGAAACACAAGUUUUCUCCUUUCUACAUUUGUGACCAUCCAAAUAAUGUGACUGGCGAGCACAGUUGCAUGGUCCUUAAGCCUUUAAAUACUGAUGAGAUUAAAGACAGUGGAAAUGGUCCAGUGGGUUUUCUUGGUCCAUUUCAUCAGCGUUUCAAACGGUGUUUUGUGAGACGGUUGCCUUUGUUCUUUAGGGAAUUGGAUUACAAGCUUGCCAUGAGCAUCUUGGACCCAAAGAUUAACUUCUCUGAAGGUGAACCUUCGGUAUCAUCAAAAGAUGAAAGUGCAAUGUUGAUGAAGUUAAUUAUUUCGCCAGAUGAUAUAAAGCUGUUGGAAGCUUACACCAAUAAUCGUAAAGAUUAUGGACAGGUCAGGCCUCUGGUGCCAAUCCUUGCUCAAUGCUAUUUUCAGGAGAAGCUUCCAAUUACCUUGUCAUAUCUCCAGGCUUCUGUUUUACUGUGCAUGGGCUUGCAGGUCCAGGAUAUAACGGAUAUUAAGGGAAUGAUGAAGAUAGAAAGGGAGCAAGCAUUGUCAUUGUUCCGGAAAAUUAUGACAAAAAUCUACAAGUAUUUAUAUGAUGUUCUAACCAAAGAUUUUGACUCAAGUUUCCCUCAAGAAAGGGAGGUUUCAUUGAUGCCUCAUAGCAUAUCAGUGGAUGAUGAUCUUAAUGAUGGUGCAAAGCAAGUAAUGGAAAAGAUGAAAAUUGAGAAUGCGGGGCUGUUAGAUUUGGAGUCGCUGCAACAAUAUUCUAUUGCAGAUCGGGAAGCAGGAUUUGAACAAGCUCUUCGAAGUUGCACAACAAUAUCUCGCAGCGGCCUUGUAAGCGUGAAGUCCAACAGUAGGAAAAAGGAAAAAGUUGGUAAAAACAGCAAAACUGCUGAAAGUAAAAAGAGGAAAAGGAAAAGCAAUCUAUGAAUUGCAUCCAAUCAAGAAGUUACUGAUUGAGUACUUCCAUAUUUAAUAGAUUAUUACUGAAUAUACUAUUUAUACUAUUAUAUAAAGUGUAUACGUGAUUUGGUAUGAACACAUUGUCUCAUUUUUUUCUAUUCCUAUAUUAUUAAAAUUUUGUAAUUUCUUUCAUUUUAACAGCACAACAAUUAUGGGGUGUGCAUACCUAGUUAGUGUUAUUUAUGUGUAAAUGCACAUGAUAUUUAAUUGAGUGAAGUUUUCAUUCCUCCU